AUGGCUCCAAUGGAGAUUCGUACUUUUUCUGACUUGGUGAACAAGGCGAGAGUGGUGGAAGAGUAUGCCAAGACGGUAGCUUUGUCUAAGGAAACUCACAGAGGGAGUUCUAGUUGGGGACGUGGCAAGUAUUUCCAUCCGAGGGGUCAAAGUUUCAAGAGAGGAGGAUAUGCGCCUCAAGGUCAAGGAGGCUUCAGAAAGAACACUCAGGAUCAGUUUCAGCGUGGCAAAGGGAGAGGAAAUCAGAGUAAGAAUUCUCCGGAUUUGACUUGUGUACGUUGUGGGUGUUUUCAUUCAUAUGACUCAUGCAAGGUUGGUUUAGGUGGUUGCUUCACCUGUGGAUUGUCUGGCCACAUUGCGAGGAAUUGCACUCGUGGGAGGAACCCGAAUGCAGGUCAGAGUCAGCAUCAAGGUCAAGUUUUUGCUGUGAACGUGAAGGAUGCUUCUAAGGCAAAUCUGUUGAUGAGAGGUAUAUGUCUAAUUGGUGAUAAAACUUUAAUUGCAUUAUAUGAUACUGGAGCAUCGCAUUCGUUUAUUUCGUUUGCUAAAGUUGAGGAACUAGGCUUGAAAGUGUCAUAG